GUGGUUUUCGAAGACAGCACCUUUGCAGGCCUGCUUUCGCCUUUCAAUUUAUAGCAAGGCUUUUGCCAUGCGAGCUUCCACUUGCUUUGCUCUCGCUCUGUUCCUCGGAGCAGCCCAUGCUUCCCCCAGCGUUGUAUCACCUUCCGAGCGAGUUAGUCAUGCAUUUGUGUAUUCGGACAAUGUACUAUCGCUCGGAGGGUACCGAAUCACUGUUGACGAGGGCGACGGGACCCAUUUUUUAUCAGAGAGUGAGGCAUUAGAGUUGGAAAAGACAAAUCCGCAAGUUCUUUUGUUUCCGUUUCGUCGAGGACCGCACCUCCCCGUACCUUCUGCUACAAUUCCAAAGUACUUCCUAUGUAAACUUCCAUCACCGACCUCUUCCACUUCUUCGCUGGUACGACAACCUCUCGAAACCUUGAAUCCUCAACUAUACCGCUCAAAAGUAGAAAAGACGUUGGUGGCUCUGAGCAGUUUGGCGAAUGAGUGUUUGUCUUAUACCCAAGGAUGGUGGUCCUACGAAUACUGUCAUCUUCAAAAAAUACGACAAUAUCAUUCAUUCACUGGGAAAUUGGCACGGCACCCUCUUCUUGACUACGUACUCGGUACGCCACCCAAAUCUAUGCUGCGUUACGACCCUUCACCAUUUGCUUCCGUAUCCCUCGUCGAAUUUGACGAUGAGGGACGACAUUACCUCCGAAUGCGCUGGGGCGGAGGCACUCUUUGUGAAGUGACAGGCAAACCGCGACAUAUUGAAGUACAAUUUCAUUGCUGCCCAGACGAGCAUAUCUCCUCUGUUCGGGAAAUGGCUGUUUGUAACUACGUCAUGAUCAUACACACGCAUAGAGUAUGCAAGUUAUCAUGGUUUCAACCUGGCCCGCAAGUGGUAGAACGGAAUGUGAAAUUGGGGGUAAUAAAAUGUCAACCGGUUUUGACAGACGAGGAAAAAAAUGCCCGGCUUCUUGAAACAACUGAGAUGCCGAUUGUUCAGUUCCCGUCGCGUGACGCAGCGCCCACUUCAAAGGACCCUCUGCAAGAACCACUGGAGGACUCUGAUCGAUCGUCCUCGGUCACAGCGCCUAAAACUGCACCUUUAGAACUGGCAGAUACCUAUGAAGAAACCGAUCCUUUGCAAGAACUACUAGACACGGUUAUGUUUAAUGCAGAAGGCGACGCACUCACAGACGAGGAGGAUCUUCUUCAUAAAUAUGAUGAUCUUUUGAGAGACCUGGACUUUGAUGGCGAGGAGGGUGACGAAGCCGAGCGAUUGCGUAAGAGAGACGCUGUUCUAGGGCUACUAGAGGAGGAACUUGAGAACAUGCGCGAGGAGUUGUACCACCUUUGGGGAGCUAUAGGGGAUGAUGAAGAGCAAGCGCAUCGGGGAAAGUCGGAACAAAAUGUUAGACGAGCCCGUGCUGGAGCAGUAGCAGAAGCAGGAGAAGAGCGAGGAGAGAGACUUGAAAUAAUACGAAUAAAUGAGGCUGAAGGUGGACAGAGGCCAGGAGACGAGCCGCCAGGGAGAGAGCGGCAAGGUCCUCCACCCCGUCACGCUGGAGAGCUGUGAUGUUUAAAUAGAGACAGCAGACAAUGGAUCAUCCAAGUUAUGAGAUGAAAAACCAGUUGUACUUCUAUAAACAAUGAAAAUAUGAAUGUUCGCUAGUCUUAGACAGACAGUUCA